AACUCUAUAAUUGCCAGCUUGCCACUGCAACUUGGAUUCUCUUUUCUCUCUUCUCUUCUUCUUCUUCUUCAAGUGGCGACUUCAUUUUCUCUUUCGUUUCGCUUGAAACCGUAACCACCUCAAUUCAGUUACGUAACUACGUUGUUUCCGUUAUGGCCGGUAUAACAGCUUCUAACGGCAAGCGCUCUCACUCUCACUCCGACUACGAAACCAACAACACCACCAGCAACAGCUACGGCGGAAACAAGCGCCGGAACCCUAGCGCCGCCGAGGAUAGGGAUCAGCUACCUUCCGACGACACUGGCACUGUGUACCGCUACCUCUGCCCCGUUCGUAAGAUCGGCAGCGUCAUCGGCCGCGGCGGCGACAUUGUGAAGCAACUCAGGGCUGAAACGAAGGCGAAGAUUCGGAUCGGUGAGACCGUUCCAGGAUGCGAGGAGCGAGUGGUUAUGAUAUACAGUGUUUCAGAUGAGACGAAUGAGUUCGAGGAUAGCGGCGAUUUUGUGUCGCCGGCGCAGGAUGCGCUGUUUAGGGUUCACCAAAGAGUGCUCGCUGAAGACUUGCGCGGCGGCGGUGGCGAUGACGAAGAUGAUUAUUGCGGUGAUGAGGAUGAUAGAGAGAAGCACGUGACUGCUAGGCUCUUGGUGCCGUCGGAUCAGAUCGGUUGCGUCAUCGGAAAAGGGGGCCAGAUUGUUCAAAGCAUCAGGAGUGAGACCGGUGCGCAGAUUCGGAUCCUUAAGGACGAGCGGUUGCCUGGUUGCGCCUUGAGCAACGAUGAACUUGUGCAGAUAUCUGGAGAUGCUGUGGUGGUGAAGAAAGCUCUGUAUAAAGUUGCAUCCCAACUUCAUGAUAACCCGUCACGGUCUCAGCAUCUGCUUACUUCUGCUCCUCCUGGUGCUUAUGCAAAUAGUGCUUCACUCAUGGGUCCAACCGCAGGGAUUGUGGGAGUAGGUCCUCUUGUGGGUGCUUAUGGUGGAUAUAAGAGUGAUGCUGGAGACUGGUCACGGUCCAUGUAUUCAGCUCCAAGGGAUGAAGCUUCUUCAAAAGAAUUCUCAGUACGAUUUGUUUGUCCAACUGCUAACAUUGGAGGGGUGAUAGGAAAAGGUGGUGCUAUAAUAAAUCAAAUUAGGCAGGAGUCUGGGGCAACAAUCAAAGUUGAUAGUUCAGCAACUGAAGGAGAUGACUGCUUAAUAACCAUUUCAACAAAAGAGUACUUUGAAGAUUCAUUCUCUCCAACAAUAGAUGCAGCUGUGCGUUUACAACCACGGUUCAGUGAGAAAGUUGAAAGAGAUUCAGGGGUGAUCUCUUUCACUACACGAUUUCUGGUGUCAGCUUCAAGGAUCGGUUGCCUUAUUGGUAAAGGUGGAUCAAUAAUAGCUGAAAUGAGGAGGUUUACAAAAGCUAACAUUCGCAUACUAUCAAAAGAAAAUCUUCCUAGAAUUGCGUCUAAAGAUGAUGAAAUGGUGAUGAUUUCUGGGGACCUUGAUAUUGCCAAGGAUGCUCUUAUACAUGUUCUUACACGGUUGAAAGCAAACCUUUUUGAUAAGGAGCGUGCUGUGCCUGCAUUCCCUCCAGCACUUACAUAUCUCCCUGUUUCAGCUGAUGCACCAGAUGGUUCUAGCUAUGACAGUAGAGAUGGUAAACCACACGGACGUGUCCAUUCAUUUUCAAGUGGGUAUGGAGGUGUAAGUGAUUUGCCUUCUGGGGACGCUUAUGGAAGCUAUGGAGGUUCACAGCGUGGUAACAGCAGUGCUUAUGGAGCAUAUGGAAAUUAUUCUUUGGGACGGAGUAGUGCAUCUGGGUUGUCUAAUCAGGGCAGUGCUUCUCGGAGGAGAAACCAUGGUUACUAAAAUUUGUCAGUCGAUGCAGCUGAGCUCUCUGAAGCCCGCACAGCCUACUACCUCCUAAACUGGAAGACCAGAUGAACCAGGAUUUGAACAAAGUCAUGUCCACCUUGUCACCUCUACCUAGAGAGGACCAAACAUAUGUAGAGACUAUUGAAAUUGGCCACGUCCAUUUUACCUUAUUCCCAAGCUUGAUAACUUAUAUGCUCCCCAGAACCCAUAAAGGCUUGCCUUUAUUUCAGAUGUUUCAAUCUAAAAUACCAUGUAGCUAUGAUCCUCCUGUAGUUGUAUACCUGUAUUAUUACUUUUGGGUUUUGUUUUCCUGAUAUUCACUGUUACAUGCAGUACCAAAUUUGUGGUUUGAUUGGAUUUAAUUAUGUGAAUUCCUGGUAAUUGACUUGCGUCUUUUACAUCAAAAUUUGGCGGAGCCUCUCUGUAUUCUGUCUUGCAGGUGUUAAUCGUGUCAAAAACAAGUGAGGUUGUGCCGCAUCACUUGACUGAAAAUUCAUUUAGUUUUGAGUAUUCGGAUGUGGUGAGUUGAAGGUUCAGAAGGUGUUUCACAUACGCAGUGACUCUACUAAUGAAGCUCAGAGACAUAAUAUACAUUUACUUUGACCAACUAAGGCAAUACAAUUUGCAGGGCGUAGCUUGCAUGGAUUUAGUGACACGGAGAAAUGGCCUUUGUUGCUUUUUUGUUCUGAUUUGUCAAAAUGGUGCUUGGUUGGUCUAUUUUUAAACUCUGCAUCUGGAGCAUCAUAUUCUUUUGGUUGAGCUUAUUUAGAAUUCAGCUGCAUUUGAGAGCUUAUUAGUUAUUACACUAGGUUUCUUUUUAUUUUAGAAUUUCAUCCUGAAUGAGAGGUGUCAUUGGACACCCGCACAGGUAAGUUGGUUUAUAGAUAUGUUAGCAUAUGAUCCGUUACAUUAACUGUACUCAGCUUAAUUUUUUUUGGAUUAAUUUGACAGGUUUAGUAUGCAAGCGUUGGCCAUUUUAGCUUGCAAGGUUGCAUGGUGUAACUCAGUUGCAGCAGCAAAUGCAAUGCACAGUUCUAAAAUGAAUUUUUUAAAAAUUUAAUGCAAAUACAAUGGGGAACUUGUGUGGUAGCCGUUGAAAUAUUUUAUGCUUUUUCCUCGUCUUACGCAAUAAAGCAUGGAUCAUUGUGCUACUUGUACACAGCAAAUAUAUAGGACUUUAGCAAGAAAUUUGUGAAGAGUUCAUUCGAUCAGGGGAAUCAUUGUUGCGCAAUUUAACCAAAGCAUGUUAUAAAUAAAUAUGCAAUACAUUGAACUUUGUUGUUAAAAUAGACCAGAAUCAGUACAUGCUGGUAUAGUCCUUUUAUAGCUUGGUUAUCGUUAAUUCUUUUAUAAUAAACAAGUGAAGUUAGUUGAAGCUUUAA